GCUUAAUCGAUAUCGAGAUAUACAGAUUGUAUACUUCCUCCCCAAAAGAAAACAUCCCGGAAAAAUGCGACGCCGCGAACUGCAGACCAUCCAGCUGAAGCUGUCCGAUCUCAAGGAGUACGAGCAGGCUAAGAUGGAGCGCCUGAGGAACCGCCAACAAUUGCUUACUCCCCGGACGCCUACACCCCCUUCCGACAGCGAAGUCCUGCCGGCGACCUCCAGCAGCGUUCCAGCUGUUCUCCUGGCCAGCGGCAAGAACCUGGACGAUGACGCCGACAAGUCAGAGCCCACAACCAAGCCCAGCACAUCCUCCACCUAGGGUCUAUACUUGAGCAAGCAAUGGGAAUUAACACUUUGAUCGUCACUACCUCAAUGGAUGAAGCACUUAGUUUUUAAGAAAUUGUAUUUUGUAAUUUACACUGUAAAAACAUCUUGUGCUUUUUCGCGCACUGCAAGCGAAAUUAGAAUUGAUCGUCGUAGUUCACUAAUAUAUUUUAGCUAUACAAUUAGACACCUCAAUUAGUUGGUGCCAAACAGCCAGACUGUUAAAUAUAAGAAUUCUAAAAAAUCG